CGCUGACAAGUGUUUCGACUGUCAAGUGCGAAUCAGGAAGGAUGGAAGUCGAGGCCUCCAAAGCAGCCAUGAGUUACACUCCUGUGAACCAACAGCCCCUUGCAAGCCCACCACUUGGCGAUAGAUCGGUUCGCAUGGGUUGCCCGUACUGCGGCAAGCUGGUUGUCUCUCAGACAACCUACCAAAGAGGAAUGCUCACUUACGUCGCCUCAUUGGUCGUCGGUUCACUCGGAGGCUCGUUAUGCUGUCUCUGCUUGAUUCCGUGCUGCAGUGAUGACUUCAAGGACGUAGAGCAUCGUUGUCCCGCAUGUGACGGCUACUUCGGAACAUUCAAACGCUGAGGAGUACAGUUUGCAAGGAGGCGACUAACUCAGAAUCUCAGAAACCACGCGUGAAACCAGUUUCCGAGUGAUUUAAUGAGAGGGUAAUGGAUGAAUAAAUCCCCCACCACGUCGUUCUCAUGUUAU